AUGGGACUAUAUAACCCCCUUCCUGCUGUAGGAGCCCCCAUUAAGGACCCGGAAGAUUCCUUGAAUGGUUUGAGAAAGCUAAGACUAUUACCUGUAGACAUGAGGGUCAAAAAGACCAUGAAUGGACACUGCUUCCUCCAAGGACUUGCUUUUUUCCUCUUCAGUGUUCUAGCGAGUGCUCAAGACAGUGGACAGCUCCGCCUGGUGAACGGGGACAGUCGCUGUGCCGGCAGAGUGGAAAUCCUUCACCAGGGCUCCUGGGGCACCAUCUGCUCCGACAAAUGGGACCUGAACGAUGCUCAGGUGGUGUGCAGACAGCUGGGCUGUGGGGAAGCCUUCAAUGCCACAGUUGCUGCUCACUUCGGGGCAGGAUCAGGCCAGAUCUGGCUGGAUGAUGUGAGCUGCACAGGAAAGGAGUCCUACCUGUGGAAGUGCCCUUCCAGGGGCUGGGGACAACACAACUGCUGGCACAGGGAGGAUGCAGGGGUCGUCUGCUCAGAAUUUUUGCGUCUGGUUGGAGGGGAUGAACGCUGCUCAGGUAUAGUAGAAGUACAUUCUAUAAGAGGCUGGAUUCCAGUGUCUGAUGCAAAAUUUACGUGGCCCACUGCUCAGGUCAUCUGUGCAGAGCUGGAGUGUGGCAAAGCCGCAUCUGUCCUAGCGAAUGUGCCUUUCAGAGAGUCAGAUGGACAGACGUGGGCUGAAAAGUUCCAGUGUGAGGGGCAGGAGCCUGCACUCCAGCUCUGUCCCAGAGUGCCCUGUCCAGGAGGUGUUUGCCAGCACAGUGGGGCUGUUCAAGUUGUCUGUUCAGCAUACACAGAAGUGCGGCUCAUGAAAAAUGGCAUCUCUCAGUGUGAAGGACAAGUGGAGAUGAAUAUUUCUGGAGAAUGGAGAAUGCUCUGUGCCUCUCACUGGAACAUGGCCAAUGCCAAUGUUGUCUGUCGUCAGCUCAGCUGUGGAGUUGCCAUCUCUACCCCAAAAGGAGCCUACUUUGUGAGAGGAGGUGGUCAGAUCUGGAAAGCCCAAUUUCACUGCUCAGGGACUGAGUCCUUCCUGUGGAAUUGCCCAAUGACUGCCCUGGGCAUUCCUGACUGUACCCCUGGGAACACAGCCUCUGUGAUCUGUUCAGGAAACCAGACCCAGGGGCUGUCCCAGUGCAACUCAGUGUCUGCACCAGCAAGCUCUGCACUCUCAGAGGAUAUCGCUGCUAACUGCUCAGACAGCAGGCAGCUCCGCUUGGUGGAUGCAGGCAGUCGCUGUGCUGGCAGGGUAGAGAUCCUUCACCAGGACUCCUGGGGUACCAUCUGUGAUGACAGCUGGGACCUGAAUGAUGCUCAGGUGGUGUGCAGACAGCUGGGCUGUGGGGAAGCCCUCAAUGCCACAGUCUCUGCUCACUUUGGGCCAGGAUCAGGCCAGAUCUGGCUGGAUGAUGUGAACUGCACAGGAAGGGAGUCCCACCUGAGGAAGUGCCCUUCCCAGGGCUGGGGACAGCACAACUGCCAGCACAAGGAGGAUGCAGGGGUCAUCUGCUCAGAGUUCCUGGCCCUGAGGAUGGUGAGCGAGGACCAGGAGUGCGCCGGGUGGCUGGAAGUUUUCUACAAUGGGACCUGGGGCAGUGUCUGCCGCAGCCCCAUGGAAGCCAUGACCUUGUCCAUGAUCUGUAGACACCUUGGCUGUGGGGACAGGGGGACCCUUGACACUUCUAUUGAUUAUAGAGAAGGUUCUAGACCCCGGUGGGUGGAUGGAAUCCAGUGUCGGAACACUGAUAUGUCUCUCUGGCAGUGUCCUUCUGACCCUUGGAAAUACAGUUCAUGCAGUCCAAAGGAGGAAGCUUACAUCACAUGUGCAGGAAUGAGACCCAAGAGCUGUCCCACUGCUGCCCCCUGCACAGAGAAACACAAGCUCCGACUCAGGAAUGGAGACACUGAGUGCUCAGGACGAGUGGAGGUUUGGCACAAUGGCUCCUGGGGCACAGUGUGUGAUGACUCCUGGAGCCUGGCAGAGGCCGAGGUGGUGUGUCAGCAGCUGGGCUGUGGCUCUGCUCUGGAAGCCCUGCAGGAGGCAGCAUUUGGCCCAGGAAAAGGGCUCAUCUGGCUGGAUGAAGUGCAGUGCAGGGGCAGGGAGUCCUCCCUGUGGGCCUGUGCUGCACAACCCUGGGGGCAAAGUGACUGCAAGCAUGAGGAGGAUGCUGGAGUGAGGUGCUCUGGUAAAAGAUCAACAUUGCCAACCACUACAGCAGGGACCAGAUCUGUCCCAAGGCCUGUCCCUGGCAUCUUCUCCCUGCCUGGGAUCCUUUGCCUCAUCCUGGGGGCCCUUCUCUUCCUGGUCCUCAUCAUCCUGGUGAUUCAACUGCACAAACAGAAAAUAGAACACAGAGCCUUGUCCAGCUUCGAAGAUGCUCUUGACCAGGCUGUGUAUGAGGAGAUUGAUUAUCUUGUAACACCAAAGAAGGAGGAUCUACUUAGCAGCCCAGAGUUCCUGUCAGAUGACUCAGUAACAAAACUGCCAUAUUACACUGGGGAUGAAGCCUCAGCUGAGAGGACUGAUGCCUUUAGCGAGGGUUAUGAUGAAGCAGAAGAGGUACCAGUGCCCCAGGCUCCUUCUGCUUCUCAGAUGGGUGAGGAGGAAGUGCCCCUGGAGGAAAAUGGAGUGAGAGUUUUUCAGACAGAGCCCCCAGGACAACAUGUCAAUGCCAUUAGAAACAGUUAUGAUGAUAUUGAAGAGUUACCUGUUCCUGAAACUCUUUCUUCCCCUGGCAUGAGAGAGAAUUUUUUUUUCCCAAAAGAGGGAGGUGAUGUCUGGUAUUCCCAAAGAGGCAUCUCUCUGCAGUCUCCUAGCAAAGCUGUCAACACUACCAUGAAAGAGAAAGGAUCCUGUUUGGUCCUGAGACAAGAAGACCCUGGGUAUGAUGAUGUUGAGCCUAGCACCAUGUAGCGCCAUUCUGGGAGCAAGUAACUCUUCAAAGAAUCUUCUGUAACAUUGUUUUCCAAUAAAUGAAAGUCCUGUUUUCUUCCUUA